CGCUGGUGACCUCAGCGCGCCGGCCCCGCUCGCUUUCCACGUUUGCAGAAAUUCCAGCGGCGCCGGGGCUGGGAGCCGCGGGGGGAGCGGGCGGCCGGGAGGCCCCUCCUCGGCCGGCCCCCUCGGCCGCCCCGCUUCCUUCCCGGCUGCCGCAGCCGCCGCGCAGCGACAUGGCCCUGGGCAGCCUCGUCUUCCUCGUCAGCUUCCUGGGGGCCCUGGGGCUGGGCGACCCCGGCCCCCUGGAAGACGUGGUCAUAGACAGAUACUACAUCCCCAAAAUCUGCCUGCGCGAAGUCCAGAUGGGGGAUUUCAUUCGCUACCACUACAACGGCACCUUUAAAGAUGGCAAAAAGUUUGACUCCAGCUACGACCGAGGCGCCACGGUGGCCGGUGUCGUCGGCGUGGGGCGGCUCAUCACCGGCAUGGACCGGGGGCUGCAGGGCAUGUGCGUGAACGAGCGGCGCCACCUCAUCGUGCCGCCCCACCUGGGCUACGGCAGCAUCGGCGUGGCCGGGCUGAUCCCCCCGGACGCUACCUUGUAUUUCGACGUUAUCAUGCUGGACAUCUGGAACAAGAACGACAAGCUGCAGAUCACCACCCUGUCCAAGCCGGAGCGCUGCAACCGCACCGUGGAGAACUCGGACUUCGUCCGCUACCACUACAACGGCACCCUGCUCGACGGCACCCCCUUCGAUUCCAGCUACAGCAAGGAGAGCACCUACGACACCUACGUGGGCACGGGCUGGCUCAUCAAGGGCAUGGAGCAGGGGCUGCUGGGCAUGUGCGCCGGGGAGAAGAGGAGCAUCAUCAUCCCCCCGUUCCUGGCCUACGGGGAGAAGGGCUACGGCACGGUGAUCCCACCGCAGGCCUCGCUGGUGUUCAGCGUGCUGCUGGUGGACUUCCACAACCCCAAGGACGGCGUCUCCCUGGAGCACCUGGAGGUGCCGGCGUCGUGCAGGCGCAGGGCGGAGACGGGGGACUUCGUCCGCUAUCACUACAACGGCACGCUCAUGGACGGGACGCUCUUCGACUCCAGCUAUUCCCGCAAUCACACCUACGACACCUACAUCGGCAAGGGCUACAUCAUCCCCGGCAUGGACCAGGGCCUGCAAGGGGUCUGCGUCGGCGAGAGGCGCCGGGUGGUCGUCCCCCCGCACCUGGCCUACGGCGAGAACGGCGCAGGGGACAAGAUUCCCGGCUCAGCUGUGCUCGUCUUCGAUGUCCACAUCAUCGACUUCCACAACCCCGCGGACCCGGUGGAGAUCGAGACCGUGCACCGGCCCGAGGGCUGCAACGUCACCACCCGCAACCGGGACUUCGUCCGCUACCACUACAACUGCUCCCUGCUCGACGGCACCAAGCUCUUCUCCUCCCACGACUACGAAGCCCCCCAGGAGGUGACGCUGGGGGCCAACAAGGUGAUCGAGGGCCUCAACAGCGGCCUCCUGGACAUGUGCGUGGGGGAGAGACGGGUGGUCAUCGUGCCCCCGCACCUGGGCCACGGGGAGAGCGGAGCCCGGGGGGUCCCCGGCAGCGCCGUGCUCCGCUUCGAGGUGGAGCUGGUCUCCAUGGAGGAGGGCGUUCCCGAAGGCUACCUGUUCAUCUGGCACGGGGACCCGCCGGCGAACCUCUACGAGGAGAUGGACCUGAACAAGGACGGCGAGAUCCCUGCCGAUGAGUUCUCCACCUUCAUCAAGACCCAGGUGGCAGAAGGGAAAGGCCGGCUCAUGCCCAGCUCGGACCCGGAGAAAGUCAUCGCGGACAUGUUCAGGAACCAGGACCGGAACCAGGACGGGAAGAUCACCGCGGAGGAGCUGAAGCUGAAGUCGGACGAGGACCAGGAGAAGAUCCACGAGGAGCUCUGAGCAGCGGCCGCCCCGCUGGCCCCGCGGACAGGACUGCUCCGGCGCUUCCCGGCCAGGACGGCCCGGGGAGCCAGCCCUGCCCCUGCGCAUCCCUAGGAGCAGCGGCUUUCCAAUUUGUGUUUCGUUUUGUAUUAUUUAACAGUUUUCUUCCAUGUGUUCCUUGUGCACAGGAGACCCAGCCAACCCCCAGCUGAAAAACCCAGGCGAGAAGGUGGGAAACCCCCACGUCCUCGCGAGUCUCGAUCCCCACGGGAACGGCAGCGCCGGCUUCUCCGAGCCCCCAUCUCCUCGUGCCCAGGGGCUCCGGCAGAGGCGGGCGGCAGGCGCAGGCCCUCGCCCCGACCAGACCCAGCCAUGCCCAGGCCGGACCUAGAGCCUCUGCGGGCGCCUGCCCCGACCGCGCUGCUCCCCGCGGACCCGGGCGCAGCCCCGAGCAGCCACCGCUGCUGGCUCUGCCCCGGCCCCGCUCCCCUCGCCCACGACUGCAUUUCCGCGCUCCAGCCUCCGGCUGGCACCUCCACCCGCGCCGGCUCCCGCCCCGGCUCCCGGGAGCGGCCGGGCCGAGGGUCUGAGCCCCGGCAGGCGGGAGCGAAGGUGGGAGCACCGCGUCCCUCCGGCAGCCCGUCCCACCGCCGCCGGCUCCGCGCGCUCCCUUCUGCUUCACGGCUGUAGUUUAGGGAUUUUUUUUUUGUUUGUUUUAUAUACGUCAUUCCUUAAAGGAGAGGAGAAAAAGGUCGAGCCUCAGGUGCCGUUCCCGGCUGCUGGGGCAGCCCCUGCCUCCCGCUGCAAUCCUACCCGGAGCCGCGCGGCGGGACGGGAGGCUGGAGGCGGCUCAGGUUCCCAGGGCGAAACCGAAACGCCUCCCGGCAUCUGCUCUUGCAGAAAGCCUGGCCCCUUUCCGCCAGCUCGGAUGAGACCUGAUGAACCACGUGUCAGCUCGGAAAACGGAAAAGGCCCCGUCUCUCCCACCCAGGCCCCAGGGAGCGGCCGGCUGAGCAGCCACGUCCUCGUCCUCCCGCCCUGCAGCACGAGGCUGCCAGCGGCAGCACCAGUCACUGACUGAGGAAAAUCAACCUGAUUUUAUUUUGAUGCCUAAAUGCAGCUAAGUAAUUAGCUUGGCUCUCUCAGGGUUGCUGGUUUUGACCGGUACGUCUCCAUCACCUUUCCACUGGCUCUAAAGGCUCGCAUGUGCUGUGGCCGUGCAAAAGAGAGAAAAGAAAUGCAAGAAAAAAACGUGUAAAGGGUUAGAGUGAACCCCUCAAAUGAUGACUUUUACUUUGCACCAAAUAAAAAUAAUUCAACUGGUUUCCAAAAA